AUGGAACAGCGCCGGCCGCCAGAGUUCAUUAUAGAAGUGUUUGCUGACCCAGAUUCCGUCAACGAUGUGGUCUCAGGCAUCUUGAAUACCAUAUUCUUUCAUAGAUUCUUUCCCACUAUUAGACCGAAGACGAGAGAAGUUCUUGAUUUGACACUACCAUUGGUGGACGACGUGGAGUUGGAAACACUCAUCGUUCAACGAACGGCGGCGUUGGUGAGACAGCUGGGCACAAGUUCGGAUACGGGCGCUAGGAACACGGGGGUUAGAGGUCUGAUGGCAGUGCAGUUCUUCGAGAAGAACCUGAAGAGGAGGAAAGCUUGGUAUCACAAAGCCGAGGAGGAAGUGUGUUGGGAGCAGUGGACAUUAGAUGUCACUCUGGCAACCCCGAGGACAGAGAGUGAACGAGCCAAGGUACGGAACGCUAUGGAAGCCAUGCUUCUUAAAGCCGCUAUGAAGAUAGUCACGACUGUAAACCGGGAGAAGGAUCACAUCCCACCGAUUACGACGAGCGAGGCGAACCCUUUUCCAUAUCAGAUCGUCAUAAAUCCAAAGGGAGACAGCUGGGGUGCUCGAAUGGGGAUUUUUUAG